AUGGGCAACUGCCUCAACACGGCCUCCAAGCGGAGCCACCAUGGCAUGCUGCCGGAGGAGGAAGAGAGCCUCUCGCAGAUGAGGAGGAUAAGACAGCUGCUGCGGGAGGUGGAGGACGACUACGGCUACGAGGCAGUGGGUAUGCACUCGGUGGUGGAGGAGGAGGAGGAGGUGGUGGCCGUGGCUCCGGCGGUGGCGGCAGAGGGCCUCAAGGUGAAGAUCGUGCUGACGCGCGGCGAGCUGGAGUGGCUCAUGGCGCAGCUCAAGAGCGGCGAGCAGCGCCUCGAGGACGUACUCCAGCACAUGCAGGCCGCCAAGGGAGUCGGCGGCGGCGGUGGCUCCUGCGCCGGCGCCGACAAGCAGGCCGGCUGGCGGCCGCGCCUCGAGAGCAUCCUCGAGUGCCCGGAGACCCAAAGCUGA